UCAGUGUUUUUUUAAUCUUUAUCUAAAUUUUCCGAAAAUGUUCAGUUAAGGUAAAUAUCUGGAUAACAUCGAAAAUCGUAAAUUCUAUUAUUCUACAUACACAAGUUUAACUAGAUAUCGUUCAAGAGAUUUAGAUAUUAACUAAUCAGAUAAUUUUCAAAUGAUGAUUUGUUUGGACAGUACGUACCAUUUGGAGACCCUUAUUGUUUUGUAGGUUCCAUUCAUUUUCACGAGCAUUCGAUGAGCGGACGUUACACGCGACAUGUUGACAGUUCUGAGAGCCGCAGCUGUACUGAGUGUGUUGUCAGGUCAGGGUUCAGAUGCCUUUGAUUGCUGCACUGGUUAUACGGAUGCACUAGGCGACUAUCAUCAAUCACAAUUAUGCACCGACUACUGCUGUUGGACACUAGGGGUGGCAUAUAAAGGCUGCUGUAGCACUCGGUUAAGGAAGAUUCCUGUCCCUGUUAUUCUGGACGGAUUAUGUAUUCUACAAUGGAUUAGUGAGCAUACAUGGGUGCCCAUGUUGAUUGGUUUUUGUACCUUUUGUUGGUUUUGUGGCUGUUGCGGUUGUGUCUUAAGGAACCUGUUUAGAUAUACUAACACCCCUCCAUCAUCAACAGCUGUUACGACCAGUAGCAACAACCAGUUUCUCGACGAUUCGUUAAUUAAAUUAAAUGAAGACUUGUCUGAAAAGUAACAACAGGAAUAGACACGUAAUUCAGAUGGGAAAAUAUGAUGAACUAACUUUUACAAUGUGAUAUUGUAUAUGAAUAUUUUUAAUAGACAAAUACAGAUAUGUUUGUAUUAUUUUUAUAAUUAUUUAAAUAACAGACCACGUAAGUGAAUGUACACCAAAUUAUAGCUUUUAGCAAGAGAAAACUGGUGCCUCCGGGAAAUUUUCCCGAAACUUGGAAUAUUAUUACUUUCUUUUAACCGUAGCUUUUUUGUUUAGGACUGGACUUUAGUGAUUAAUCAGAGAUGCUUGUUAUAUAAAAUUUACACUGAAGAAAGCAGGUCUGUGCUGGGUGAGUUACUUUUCGUUUCAAUGGGAUAAAUUGUGUAUCACUGUAUGUCAUUUGUUUGCCCUUUUGAACAUCACGUUUGAUACAAUGUACUGCAGGCGUAAGUAAUGGUGCAGUACCAUGUGCCUUAGUGUAAAUAGUAAAAGUCUUAACUAGAUACUAUCCAGUUAAUGUUCAAGGGAAAAUAACUUGAGGCAGUUCUGGGCACACUCAGGGCUACUGUUUGUUUUAAAAUAUUUACCAUACAUUUUUGUUCUUGAAAAAAUUUCGCAAACUAUAUUACCUGAUGAUUUUCUCGAUAUCUAUCAAACUAGCUUGAAUCUGUCCGCGAACCUUAAAGACCCACCACAACCUAGUGAACUACUUUUCCCUCCAACAUGAACUUCGUAGAAAUUAUUCUGACAAUAAAGCUAUACUACAAGAUGACAGGUGGACAAUUCAGGCCUUUUCUGAAUUAAUGUGUUUUCACAAUUUCAUCUGUAAACUUAUUCAUUCGGUCUCAUUCAGUAUAGUUUUAAAACAUUGAUAAAUAACUAUCCUAAACAGUAGAAACAAUAGAAGCAAAGUGUGGUCUAAACUGAACUGUUUUAUGCAAAUCAUGUAUAAUUAUAUUUUUAUCAGGUUAUUUCAAAGCAGAAAUAUGCCACCAUACCCCUAUGAAAUAUGAUAUUUGAAAGGUUCUUAAACAAAUAACCCCCAAAAUAAUAUAAGAUAAGGAAUAAUAUUCCCAACAGUUUAAGGAAUUUAAACAAGGUCAAGAACUUUAAAUUGCAUAUUACAAAGUUUUUUGGUUGUAAAAUCUUUACAGUCUUGACAAAACAUGUUGUAAAUGUUAUAAUUUUGUUUUACUCUAAAAUUGUAAUUUUGUGUGUUGUCGAUGUUGUAAUGUUAUUCUGCAAUUAGGAAAUAUGCUUUUUAUAAAAAUAUUGGCAUUUUUAA